AUGAGCGACUCGAGCCUCUCCUCGAUCUCGGACGGCUCCGACGUCCUGCGCCUCUUCAGCGACAGUGACACCGACACCGACACCGGCGCCGGCACCGGCACGGCCCGCGGCGAGCGCCCCGAGCUGGCCCGCGCGCUCCCCGACACCAGCGGCCUCAGCCGCGAGGCGCUCACCUGCAAGGAUGGAGAAGUGCUUCUGUAUUACUGUUACUGUGAGGUGAAGGAUCCAGAGAAGCUCUGUGCAUGGCAGAAGGCCCUGUGCCAGCACCUGCAUCUGACGGGCAAGGUACGAGUUGCGUCAGAGGGAAUUAAUGGAACAGUUGGUGGAAGCAAAGUUGCCACUAAUCUCUACAUCGAAGUUAUGCUUUCCCAGCCACUGUUCAAAGACAUCUUGUGUCGAGACGAUUUCAAGAGCAGUGCGGGAGGAGCUCACUGCUUCCCAGACCUUCGAGUUGGAGUGUUUGAAGAAAUUGUACCAAUGGGCAUUGAUCCGAAAAAAGUCUCUUACAAAGAAACUGGAAUCCAUCUGUCCCCUCAGGAAUUUCAUAAGGAAGUGGAACAACAUUUGUCUCAGGCCAGUCAAGGACAAAGUGAUACUAUUUUACUGGACUGUAGGAACUUCUAUGAAAGUAAAAUAGGCCACUUCCAGGGCUGUCUGGCUCCAGAUAUCAGGAAAUUCAGCUAUUUCCCAAGCUAUGUGGAUGAAAACCUGGAGCUUUUCAGGAACAAGCGUGUCCUGAUGUACUGCACAGGAGGGAUCCGCUGUGAAAGAGGCUCUGCUUAUCUACGGAGCAAGGCGGUGUGCAGAGAGGUGUACCAGCUCAAAGGCGGGAUUCACAAGUACCUGGAAGAGUUCCCAGAUGGAUUCUACCGGGGGAAGCUGUUUGUGUUUGAUGAUCGUUACGCCAUUUGUUCCAAUGAAGAUGUAAUCUCAGCGUGCAGGCACUGCGCGGCGCCGUGGGACCAGUACAGCCUGUGCUCCAGCCAGCACUGCCGGCAGCUCGUGCUGGCGUGUCCCCGCUGCCGCGGCGAGGGGCUCACAGCGUGCUGCGCGCUCUGCCGCGACAAGGAGCGCGCGGCCGCCGCGGGACAGGCGCCCAAGGAGGAGUGCGAGUGCACCAGGAGGCGGCCCCGGGUGCCCAUCGAACGGGUCUCGCAGGGCACGCUCGCUGAUGAGAAAGACUGAGCUGUUUGUUGAGCUCGCCUCGCGUCUGGCACCUUCCCUAACGCAAAGGACUUCCGAAACCAGAUCCUUCCCCGUUACUGCAGUUAGGUUUGGAUAUCACACACAACGAUUCGCUGGCUUGAGAAGUCUUGCUCCUACCCUGCACUUAUACUGAGUCUGCCUGAAAAGUGCCCAUUGCUGUGGUGUAAAUGACCAGAGUGUCAAUACAUAAUCCUGAACCAUUUUUCUCCCUGUAUGCAGUCUUGCACAGUUCUUCUCUCCUGGGGAGGAAGCAGAAGAACAGAAUAUGUGUUGGGGACACAGCUGUUCGUAGUUUGAAAGAAACUCAACAGCCGCAAGAAAAUUCCAUGCUGUUCCCCUCUUAAAUUACAGGUGUGCAUGCGUGGAUCUGUCUGACUUCUCCAUUGAUCAAGGAGCUUCACUAGCUAGUGAUAGGGCGAUGAAGACAACAGGUGUUUUAAUUUCUGUUGGUGUGAAGCAAGCUCCAGGCCUUGACUCCUGUGUAAAACCAGCUAAAGGCAGCGUGAGGCCCCUGGGGGCCCCUGUCCUAAAUGGAGCAACGUUGGAGGAGGUGUCCUGCCCACAGCAGAAAUAACCCUCGUUAAGAUGCUCUGCCUUCCAAGGAACUGUCCAUACCCCUCAACCUGUCACUAUGUGAAAUAUCCAGGGCUCAGCUCUGCUUGCACGAGGGAAAAAAAAGAGUCGACAGCCUGAAGUGUGUUGAAAUUGAGACACCAGUGGAGAGCACAGGGACUGCCAAAGCACCCGUGUGAGGGCACUGGAAGUGAGUGCUGGCAUCAGGGCAUAAACACCUGCAACAGCUACGAGAAGGUCAUGUAUCCAGGCUGAAUAAUCCGUGCUUUGGGGAGCCUUUGUGCAUGGAGUUUUUCAAAGCUCUAAGAUGUUCGUGCAUUUCCAGCUUCUGUUGGCGUGGAGAUCGUGUCUGACUUGGAAUCUGCAUCGCAUGAGCUCUAAAUACUGCCUGCUGCUUUGUGUGCUGCACAACGUACCCAAAGGUUUUAUUAGUACUGUGGGGGAUGUGUCAUGACUGGAAAAAUCUUUGAUUCUUAUUCUGGUUUUUGGUACUAAGUCAUUAGUCAUUAGGAAGGGAAAAACACUUUUUAAUUAUCUCCUUAGCAGCUAAUGCUUUUGAAGACAUGGAAACGACUUACUCGGGCUCCUACAGUUGCUCAGUGUCAGUUAGGGCAAUGUUACUUUAAUGCAGCUUAUAACCUUCCCCCACAGGGCUACAAAUCCAGCACGGUCUCACUGGAGGCUGCAUUGGCAGCUAAAGACAGGGAUACUGGUUCCAUUAAAGCCAUUGCAAGGCAUUUCUCCUUCUUGCAGUGCUGCCAGCGAAAGAAGCUGCUCAAUAAUGGUCUUUAUAACAGUACCUUUCAUAAAGCAAGGCUUGUAAACUAAUCAGUGUGAACACUGGGGAUCUUUCCAGGACGGCAUUUAGAAGCAGGAAUUCUCAGUGUGAUCCAGACCAGAGUAGCAAUCAGGAAACUCCUAUCAGGAGGAGGCAUCUUCAGCAGGAGAUGGGGCAGGAUCCAGGCUGCCCUGGCACACUGCUUCCCAGGUCCUGCUCUUCAGCUUCCCUGUGUGCCUCAGAGACCUGGAAUAUUUGUGGUAAACCGUGCAUGGACAACCAUGCAAGCUCCAUGCGCACACCUGGACCCAACUCUGAGGGAGGAGCCCCGGUUUUACAUCCUUUUUUUCAGAUUAUUAGGCUAAAAAGCCCACCGCUUUGUACUUUAAUCUAGCAGUGAGCCUGGAAAACUGUAAUCCCUUCGGAAGGCUGUUUUUAUGCAGUGUGUCAGUAAAGGAUGGCAGGGAGCUAGGCGGCAUUUACACGUGAGGGUCUGAAAUCACUGAUUUCAGGGACAGACGAUGCCCAGUGUUUUGUCACCUUCGGCACAACACAGAGAUACGGGAGGCAGGGCCCACACGCAGCCUCCGGGAGCUCCUCACACCUGCACGGCCUCCAUCCCUUCCUACCCCAUCCCUUCCCACAGGAGCCCACGGGCGGCGGAUGCUCCCUCUGCAGGUCAGCACGUUACUUUCCGUGGGGACAAAGGCUGCUCUCUCCUCUCCAUCAGUCACCUCCCUGCUCACCUGGCCCCUUCCUGCUGCCAGGGCCAGGCAGGUCUCAGCCACGACCCAAGCCGUGAGGUUGCGUUUCCUAAAUCCUGACCCUCUGUGUGCUCCCGCUUCGGAGCAGAGCUCAUGGUGAGCGGGAAAGAAGCCGUGGUGAAACACUUUAUUUGACACUGCUCAACACAUUUAUUAAGAUUUGAAGAGAUCCCCACAUUGCUGACAGUAUAAUGUCAUUGGUCAGAGUUAAACGCUCUGUGUUACUCGUG